AAAACGUAUUCUGACGUUUAUGCUGUAAUUGAAUGGGUGUAUGUGGUGAAAAUAAUAUUGAAAACAAAUUAAAUUACAAUGUAAAGUGCCUGGUUAAAGCGUAAGUCGUGCGUAAGUAAUGCUCAACAAUGGCUGCAGCUAACGACGAAGAAAUAUUAGAGGGUUUCCUUUGCCCAAUCUGCAAAGCGGAUCUAAAAUCAGCGUCUCAACUAACGAGCCACUUCGAGAGCCUCCACCAAGAAGAACAGGACGUUUUGAAGUCUCUAAAAGAUAUAUUCGGCAAAGCGAAGAAGGUUAUAUUGAAUGCUGACGACACCCAGUUAAAAGAAACCUUUGAUCGUGCAUUAAAGUUCAAUUCCCAAGAGUACUAUCCGUACGAAGAGCAAACGGUCGGCGUAUCGCGAAGUACGACUGAUUACUUUAAAGCGGUCCGCUCCGCUAGAUUAGAGCGAUUUGCGACCGAAACUAAUAAAUUAUUGAUAAGGUUAGAUAAAUUAGUAUGUAGUAUGCCCAGUGACCCCAACCUAAGGAAACAACAUGAACAGGAAGUUGUGCCGUGGCUAGAUGGAACAUCAGUGAAGCUGUGUCCAAAUUGUGCUAAAACAUUCAGUUUGACGAGGAGAAAACACCAUUGCAGGCUUUGUGGCUCCAUCCUAUGCCAUGAUUGUUCUGUGUUUCUAGACUUAAAUGUAGCCAGAACAAUAGUAGAUCCAUCAGCACCUCAAACCUCACAGGAGCAUGAGGUGAAUGAAAAGAAUGGUUUGCGUCUCUGUGAGCAUUGCUACAAGCUGGUUGAGCUACGGAAACAGGUGCAGGAAAAUAGGAAUGCUAAAACAGUACUUGUGACUGCUUAUGAACAAAUGCGGGGUCUGAUGGACCAGGCCCAACCAGCUGUGGCCAUGUAUGAAAAGAUGUGUCAAAGUUUAUUUGACGGAGAAACAACCUACAAUCUGUCUGACGUAAAUGCGAUGCGCGGACGCAUUGGCAAGCUAGCUGAAGGGAUCGGUUUAUUGAGCAAACAGAUAGCUGCCUUGCCUGUUGAACCAAACAUGAGGCAAGCCAAAGUGCAAGAGCAUAUUAGGCAGGCUGCUGCUCAUUACAUUAAGGAAGAACUUCUGUCUUUAAGAAAGUUACCAACCGAGGCGCAGAUUGAAGAAGUCAGAAGAGAACGAUAUGAGCGCGCGCAGAAACAGAUACAAUUAGAGAGACAGAGAGUAGAGUUGGAGAGAGAGUGGAGGAGUGAAGCAGAGUCAAGCGGGAGUCGCUCCAAUGGGGCAACACAUGACGAUGAUAACCCUUUACUUGAACAGAUGAAUAUCAUACGACAGUACAUUAAAGAUGCACGGAAGGAGUUGCGAUUUGAGGAGGUGGCGAUAUUAGAAAAGAAUCUUAAGGAACUCAAAAAGGAAUAUCAACUUCAAAUGCUCUCAUACAAGUCCUAGUCAUUUCCAAUAAAUAUUUUAAGCAAAAUAUUGAUAAUUGAAGAAAAUAUAUAAUCUAAGCGUGUUUAUGUUAAUUGUUAUAACGUAAUAUGUAAGAUAAAAUAUUUAAUUCUUGUCUUCUCUUGUACAUUUAAGAAUAAAUAGUCACAAAGUG